AUGAAUAAUGGAUUAGCGCAGCCGCCGCUGGAACCACUGCAUCUCCGCUUGGAUAUCCCGACUUUCCUGAACGAACUGCAAGCCCGAUUGUUUAUCGAUCUUAUGUGGGCCUGGCGCUGGCACAUUUGCGAUCCGAUAACUAUGCGUUAUGAUUCGCCGGCGUUGAAUUACUUUUGUAUCGCCAUCUUACGUCUUGCAGCUUGGGAUUUCGAGGUUUCAUUUGACACCGACGUUGACCUCCCAGUGACUGAUUAUCCUGGUGUACCCUGGAGCUGCCCCAAAGGUGACAUCUACUGGUUCCAUGGAUUUCUUGUUGUUCUACACAACAACCUGGAGGAUCAAUCCAUGAUCCGCUCAGCCGUUCAAAAGGCUGAGCAGUACCUUGAGAAAACCGCAUCCCAGAGUCAUCACACCCGCUUGAUAAUCAUUUCGACAUGCCAUGUUGUUUUUGCAGAGAUCUCAGACGACACUAUCCGUGCAAGCAGCCCAAGUAUGCUGAUUUCGGAUAUGUCCAGCGGCCGGUGGCCUGCGGGUUUCCGUGCCCUCUGCCAGAUCCUCACAACAAACUGCUGGGGACAAAGCAAAAUGCACCGGGAAACAUGGAAGCCUCACCUGCCUGCGGAAAUCGUUCAACUCAUCCUGCAGCAUCUGGAACCACGCGAUGCGGUAGCAUUCGCACAAGCGUCUUUCAUUGCCGAAAAAUGGUAUUACGCAAGUGUACACCAAUUCACUGGCCUUGUCGUAUAA